AUGUGGAAGAAAUCAGUGGAAUCAAUUGUGGGCGUGUCUUUAGUAAUGACUUGUGUGUCCAGCGCGGAGCAGGAUAUACUUAAUGUGAAGGAGUUCCAAACGUUGUGCGGAUUUGUUAGCUUGACAGAACAAAUAAAUGAGUUACUGGAGCGAAUGAAGGGAAAACUAGGUGUUGACGUAACUUCUCUUCAAAUCAAAGCUAAAGAUAUAUUGUUUGGAGCAAAUGUCGAUGGCGUAAAUAAAAUGUUAUGGAAAGUUCACAGGGAGAUGGAUUGUGGCCAAGAUAGUGGAAACCAACGUACCCACGGAGGAAAGGCACUUGUAAGAGAUCUUAUUUGCUUAUGCGAGGGAACAAACCGGCAACCAGAUCUUAAGGACCUUUGUUACACGGGAAAUGUAAGAAAAGUUAACUCCCAGGAAUGGCCAACCACCCAAAAGCACCGAAGCACGUGGGACGACUUGAGGAGUAGAUGCAUAACUGGAAGUGGAAAAGGUGUGCCAUCAGAAACUGAAUUUCACGAGAAUAAGGUUCAAUUCAGGAUGCGCAUAAAGAAACGUAAGAACUCAGAUGGACGCCAGCAUUUCUAUACCUACGGGGGAGGUAAAGAGUACGGACUGCAUACUUGCAAUGGAGCGGAAUCAGAGAACGACGGCAUUUGUGUGCUGUACCCAAGGGGAUCUAACGAGGACAACGCAAGUGGUAUUGAAUGGCUUAAUAAGCUCGAAGAUCUGGUGAGAGAAGUUGAAGAAAUGAGCAAGGAUGAAAGUGCAAGUGGAAGCACAAAACCACGUGCGGAGGGGAAGCCAAGCAUGGAAAAAAAUCCAAAGCCAAACACAGUUCCAAGCACAGGGGAUAACUCACCAGCUAAGGGGACAGAAGGACCACAAAAUGAUGGAAACCCAAAUGCGCAAGCAACUACCAGCUCUGAGAAAGAUGCCACUACGACAAGACCACCAGAAGAACAAAAGAGUUCGUCCAAAACUAUUUUACAGUUUCUACGGAUAUUUUUAUUUUGGCUGUUUGCAUAA